AUAAGUGGACGCCCCUAUACGACGCCAAUUGCAAAGAGUUGCCGAUGCCCACCUAUCGCGUGGACGCAGACAAAGGCUUCAACUUCUCCCUGGCCGACGACGCCUUCGUGUGCCAGAAGAAGAACCACUUCCAGGUCACUGUCUACAUCGGCAUGCUGGGCGAUCCCAAGUACAUCAAGACCAGCGAGGGCCUGCAGCCCAUCGACUGCUUCUACCUGAAGCUCAACGGAGUGAAGUUGGAGGCCAUGAACCAGUCCAUCAGCGUGGAGCAGUCCCAGUCUGAUCGAAGCAAGCGGCCCUUCAAACCAGUGUUUUUGGAUUUUGUCCUCAGGGUGACCCUGCCUCCGGAGCAGGUUACCAAGGUGACGGUGGGGCGGCUGCACUUUAGUGAGACCACGGCCAAUAACAUGAGGAAGAAGGGCAAGCCCAACCCCGACCAGAGGUACUUCAUGCUGGUGGUGGCGCUGCAGGCCCAGUCCCACAGCCAGAGCUACACGGUGGCAGCACAGGUGUCCGAGAGGAUCAUCGUCAGGGUAACAUCUGCCUCAAACCCGGGUCAGUUUGAGAGCGACAGCGAGGUGCUAUGGCAACGCGGUCAGAUGCCCGACUCGGUCUACCACCACGGCCGGGUGGGCAUCAACACGGACAGGCCUGACGAAGCCCUGGUCGUCCACGGCAACAUCAAGGUCAUGGGGUCACUGGUGCACCCCUCUGAUAUCAGGGCCAAGGAGAACGUCCAGGAGGUGGACACGACAGACAACCUGAAACGGAUCUCUCAGAUGAGGCUGGUGCAAUUCCAAUACAAGCCAGAGUUUGCGGCCACUGUGGGCAUAGACACCACUAAGCAGACUGGAGUCAUCGCCCAGGAGGUGCAGAAGAUCUUACCCGAGGCGGUGAAGGAGGCGGGGGAUGUGGUGUGCACCAACGGAGAAACCAUUCCAAAGAUAUUGAUGGUUAAUAAGGAGCGUAUCUUCAUGGAGAACGUUGGGGCGGUGAAGGAGCUGUGCAAGCUGACGGACAACCUGGAGACCCGCAUCGACGAGCUGGAGCGCUGGAGCCGCAAGCUGGCCAAGCUGCGGCGCCUGGACAGCAUGAAGAGCACCGUGAGCGGGGGCACCGUCAGCCAAUCAAGUAGCUACUUUAGCAGGAACGGCAGCGGACCUCUGAAGAAGAAGCCGGUCAAACCCGGGACCAAGACCCCACCCCCAGAUCCGGGCUGCAUCAGCCAGAAAAUCAUGCAGGGCACCAUCCUGGCUCUGGUCGUGGUCAUGGCCUUCAGUGUUAUUUCCAUGUCCGUGCUGUACGUCCUCACUCUCCACCACAAAGGAGCCGUCAGUGAGAAGGAUGGCCUCCCUUCCCCCUGUGUUUUCUACGUCUCUUGGAUGCCCGUUCUCACUGCCACUGUCACCUUCUGUCCUCCUGUCUGUCCUCUCUGGUCCAGAGCUCCAGUGGGCUCCUCUCGUAGAGGUUCCUUCACAUCCCAGCCCUCCACCGCUUCACCAGAGGCCUGCUGUUCUACCACAGCACUGAACAACCAAUCGUCUACGGUUCUCCCGCUCCGAGGAAACCAGUCCCUGAUAGACGCAGGUGGCCCGCUCCCCACAGCCGGCACCAUGACCAAGAAGGCAAAGUCCAGACCCAUGGACAAGGACGGCCGCAACAAGAACCGCCUCAGCCACACCUCCACACCCCUGUACUUCGCCAAGUCCCGUCGACCGCUCCCUUCUGACCAGGAGGAGACGGGAGAUCCCAACCGGGUCCCGGGGGGGCUGCCGUCACCACGCAGACAGCGGAGCGUACACACACAGGGGGAAAGGCUAGCGCCCUCUCUGACUGGCCUGCACAUCCUGGAGACCGGCCAGCAGAUCACGACCCGGAGUUGCCCAACACCAGAGAGCUGCAGCUACACCAUAUCUCUCCACGGGAAGAGGAACUCCUCCAUGUCACAGAUUACUUUGCACAUGACGUCCAACCAAAGCGUGUGGGUUCAGCAGUGUGGGUACGCCAGGGGCCAGCUGUGUCCGGACCACAAUGAGACACGGCUCUACACUGGAAAGAGUGCCUCUACAAGGGGGAUCCUGCACCUGAGGUCAGUACCGGCUCUACCGUCCCAGGAUGUCAUCCAUCACUUCCGUGUCACUCUGUCGAGUGACGUAGGCUGUUCCAGCAAGGAGGAAAACAAAACAACUGCCUUAUACUCAGACUACUAUUUCCUCAUUCAAAGCAGCUGUCAAUAAGACACUGAAGGAUCUGGUCAAGUGCCUUGUAACAGCAAGCCAAGACUUCACUUAUUCAGCUAGUAGUUAUACUUGGUCCUGUUGGAAUUGUGUAUUUGACACAUUCAAUCUUGAUUUAGCAGGAAAGAGGCUGGUACUGAGACAAGCUAUCUACCACUGUUCAUUUUUAUUGAUGAUUUUUGAAGUGCUGUAGAGAUCACGUUAGAGAACACUGGUUAAUGUUUUUAUUUUGUUUUAAAAUAAAUGUAUUUUGUCACUGAAUAUAUCAUUGUUGGAUUCAGUAAAAAGCCAUUUGAAGAUGACAACUCUUCAUUUCUUUACAGCGAAUUAUUAUUGUUUGAAAAGUAUAACGUCAAAAUUAACAAAAAUAACUGUGCAACUCAUUUUUGUAUCACUGUUUAGCAAUGUACAGCUUACAGUUCAAAAAGCAAGAGUGGACCAGAAAUAACGAUGCUAGGUCUAUUUUAGUACUCUAUUUUCUACUAUUCUGUAUGUAUUAAACAAAUGUGACUUAUGCCUUAAAACAUGAAACAUCCUUAGUUAUAGUUUUAUACACUGGAGCAAAGAUCAUUCGAUUCUGUACAUUCAUGAAUAAAUAAUGGCCCAUUCACAUUUUAAAUAUACCUCAAAAGUUCACACUGGCAUGUUAAAGGUCUACAUAUUAUGGAAAGAGUUGGAGGCCACAGCUAUUACUGGAUAUGUAUUUCUAUAAAACAUACACUGAAUAUGCAGAGAGAAAAUCACGGCUAAGAUUCUGUGGGGAAGAGAAUGGUUUGCUCUCAAACGAUAAAAAACUUUCUAAAUCUUUCCAUGUUUAUUAAACAGACCAUACCAUUCCUCCCUGAAGUUAUUUUCGCUGUGCCCUGAUGCUUGCUCACUUCAAUCAGGGAUGACAUGUAUUAAGCAUUUCUGGAAAUCAAAUAACUGGAAAAGCGCAUAAGAGUUGAAACACUGAAUGUUGCAUCAUCUUCUGCGAAGAAAAGUGUUGUCUAGCAAUGGACAUUUCUCAAAGACACUGGAAUGGCCUAUACUGUAUUGGUUAACUGGAUUUAAUGCAACGAUUGCAACUGGCAUAUCAACAGAGGAGCAUGUUCUAUAAAUUAGUUUCCUGCUCGCUGUUUUCCAUACAUCUUAGCAGAUGUAGCACAGAUAUAAACCAUGUGUUAACUAUGGGUAUUACAUGUGUUAGCCUGUCACCAAACUGAUAUAUUCUUGCUCUGCUCUAUACAUGCUCUGGAUGUUUCAAACUAUUAAUUUGUACCUAUGUUUUACACACACAAAAACAUGCAGAGUGGAAAACCUUUGACUAAUAUUACAGUGUUUGCAUUGUGGUAAUUUAAAAGUUGUACAUUUGUAUAUGUACUUUUGAUUCACUAAAUACUUUUUAGUAUUUUUCCAUAAUAUGUCCAAGGAGAGCAAUAAUAAGUAAGUUGAAUUGUUUGCACUUGAGAACUUUUUAGAACAUGCAUUUCAUUUUAUUGAUAAUUUUGGGAAACGAGGAUGACUAUGACAUUGAAUUUGAAACAUCAAUAUGUAAACAUAUAAGCAGUCAUGUAACUAAUUUUGUGUAUUAUUUGUUAUGCAAACUAUGAAAACAUUGUAUAUUUUUUUCGAUAUGAUUAUACGACUUUAAGGUCCUAUCAAGGCUUAUUUAUAAUGCACAAGCAAGCAUAGUAAACCCAGCUUAGCUCUAUUUGCACUGUAUAUAUGACCUAUAAUUGCUCUUUCCAGUAGAUAUAAACUGGUAUCAAAUAGUCUGAUAGAAUUGCAAUGUUUCAUGUUGUUGUUAUAUUAAUAUCUUAACCUUUUGUAAUGGAAACAAUUUCAUUAUCAAUCAAUGUCUUGUCAACAUAGCAUGAUUUCAAAUUUUGGGGGAUUUCAAGUUAUCUUUUUUCAUAUCUCUUCCUUAAUCUGUUCUCGCUUUCCUUCAUUGUGUUGUUUAACUGUGUUGUUGUUGUUGUUGUUGUUGUUGUUGUUGUUGUUGUUGUUGUCAUUGUUGUCAUUUGCCCACGUGACCCUUAUAUGUGUUUUGACAUAAACAUGCUGUAAUAACACAAACGCAUGCUUUCAAUAAAGAUGUUACAAAAGCCGA